CCCAUAUCUCACAACCCACCACCAUCUCUGCUCUCCAUCAAGUCCCCUAUUACAUUACAAUUCACAAUUAAUAUUCUCUUCAUCAUAUACUUUCCCUUGAUAAUAAUUUCUUGGUUACAUCAAGGUACAUAUUUUCUGUUCAUUCAUUAACUCAUCUGCAAACAUGGCCGAUAAGCAACCCCACUUGAACGGCGCUUAUUACGGUCCCGCCAUUCCUCCGGCGGAGCAACCACGCUACCGCCCUCACAGUCACCGCGGAAGAAGCUGCUGUUGCUGCCUCUUCGGAAUCUUGUGGAAGAUUCUGGUUGCACUCAUUGUCCUCGUUGGCCUCGCGGUCCUCAUCUUCUGGCUGGUGGUUCAACCCCGUUCCUUCCAGUUCCACGUCACGGAAGCCGACCUAACACAAUUUGAUUACUAUACCAACAACAACACCCUUCACUACAACAUGGUCCUCAACUUCACUGCACGCAACCCCAACAAGAAGCUCAACAUAUACUACGACAAAGUUGAGGCAUUAGCAUUCUACGAGGAUGUCAGGUUCGCAAGUUACGAUGUCAUAACACACAUGAACUCCUUCCGCCAGUACAAGAAGAGCUCCAGCCCCAUGAGCGCCGUUUUCACAGGGCAACAAUUGCUGAUGCUGAACAAUGAUCAAGUCUCAGAGUUCAACCAAGACAGGAAUACUGGUGUUUAUGACAUCUAUGUGAAGCUCUACUUCAGGAUGAGGUUCAGGCUCGGGGACUUUAUAUCCAAUGACUACAAGCCCAAGGUCAAAUGUCACCUCAAGGUUCCUUUCAGUAAAAAUGGCACCUUUACUCUGUUUCAGACCACCAAAUGUGAUGUCGAUUUCUAGGGACUACACUUUUUAUUAGAUUGGUUUUAAUCUGGACUUUUCUUUCUUUAAUCUUUAUUUUAAAUUUUUAUAAUUAGUUAUGUAACUUUUGUGAUUAUUUUAUUCAUUCUUUUACCUAUAUGUUUGUAAUGUAUAUGAUUUCUUGCAAUAAUAUUUUUGUUACUCCUGUUUAUGCAGUAGUGUA